UCUGCUAACUGACUGUAAAAGUUUUUCAUAUACAUAGUUCUCAGGUUGUUUCAGGUUGUGCAUGAGGUUAGCAACAACAUCCUUCAUUCACACACAUCAGUUGUUAGACAUUUGGUCUGUCAAUGAAGAAAAACAUUUUUUACAAUCUUUCCUUUCAAAAAGUCAUCAUGUCUGACCUCCAGAAGUGCAUGGCAAUCCUCAUUGGUACCUUUCAUAAAUACUCUGGCAAGGAUGAGGACAAAAAAACUCUUUCCAAAGGAGAGCUAAAAGAACUGCUCUCCAAUGAGCUGGGAGACACCUUGGGGAAAGCCUCAGACAAGGCAGCACUGGACAAGAUUUUUAAUGACCUGGAUGAAAAUUCUGAUGGAGUUGUGGACUUCCAAGAGUAUGUCACCAUGGUGACCUGCAUUACUGUACUCUGCAACGAGUGCUUCAAGACAUGUUAA